AUGUUUAUGUUGUAUGUGACGCUAGUGCUAUUGGUGGUUAUUUGUAUUUUGUAUUUAUUUUCCAUAAGGACAUUUAAUUAUUGGAAAAAUAAAAAUGUCGCCGGCCCAAAGCCAGUACCUCUAUUUGGUAAUAUCGCACAAACAGCAUUCCGAGAGAAAUACAUGGGAGAAGAUAUCAAAGAAAUUUACGAACAGUUUCCAAAUGAAAAAAUAGUUGGAUUUUACAGAAUGACGUCGCCAGCCCUGCUUAUUCGAGAUCUUGACAUUGUUAAGGCGAUAAUGAUUAAGGACUUCGAUUUAUUUAUCGACCGUGGUAUGGAGUUCGGCAAAGAUGGACUUGGAGUCAAUAUGUUCCACGCUGAUGGCGAAACUUGGAAAGUGCUUCGAAGUACAUUCAGUCCUAUCUUCUCCACUGGGAAGCUAAAAAACAUAACCUACUUAAUAUCUGAAUACGCUGAUAAACAUGUCCAUUACAUUGAGCAAUUGCACUCUGAGCCACCAGAAAUGAAGGUUGUACCGCUCACACGCAACUACACUAUUGCUACGGUAAUGGCUACUGCUUUUGGUUUAGACCUUGAUAUAAAUGACAAUGUUUAUAAAAAACUUGCCGAUAUUGACAAACUUAUGUUCUCAACGAAUUUUGUAUUAGAAUUGGACAUGCUUUUUCCUGGUCUUAUAAAGACACUGGAAACCUAUGUAUUGCCUAAAAAAAUUCAAAUUUUUUUUGAAGAUUUAGUAAGUACAGUCAUUAAACAAAGAAAUGGAGAACCUACUGACAGGAAUGAUUUCAUGGAUUUAAUAUUGGCUAUGAGGAAAGAAGGUGAAAUUAGCAAAACCAGAGGAGAUAAUACAAUCAGUUUAACUAUUACCAAUAAUUUGAUCGCGGCACAAGCAUUCUUUUUUUAUUUCGGUGGCUACGAAACGAGUGGUACGACUACUGCUUUUCUGUUAUACGAAUUAAGUGUAAAUCCUGAUGUGCAAAGUAAGGUUAUAGCAGAAAUCGAUGAAAUGUUAGAGAAAAUGAACGGAAAAGUAACUUAUGAUUCUUUAAUGGGAAUGUCAUACUUAGGGCGAGUAUUUGACGAAACCCUUCGAAUGCAUCCAGUUGUCGAGUCUUUUGCUGUACAAAGGAACGCAUUGAGGGAAUAUAAGAUUCCUGACACAGACGUUACGAUACCUAAGGGUAUGUUAGUAUGCGUGUCACCUUCUGGUAUUCAUUACGAUGAAAAAUAUUAUCCAAAUCCGUACGUGUUCGAUCCUGAUAGAUUUUUACCGGAAAAUGCAAACAAUCGCCAUUCUUGCGCCUACUUGGCGUUUGGUGUUGGACCAAGAAAUUGCGUUGGUCAGCGUUUAGGGAAGUUACAAGUGUUGAUGUACGUCGUAAAACUGUUGUCCAAGUUUAGAUUGGAACCUUCUGACAAUACACCGUCGUCGGCCAAAAACAUGAAGUACAAUGCACGACGAUUACUACGAGGUCCACCUGAAGAUCUGUCCUUGAGAUUUGUUAAUAGGAACUAGUUUUUUAAGAAAACACUACAUCAUCUUUACCCAC